GAAUUACACCUGAGCCGGGCGGGCAUGUAGUUAACCGGGUUCCUGGGCGUGGGGAGGACGAAGAAAGCCGCUUGUCUACUUACUUGUCGUGGGAAUAUUGUUGAAGUAAACUUCAGCGGUGACUGCAGCAGCUGCGCAGCUCCGCCGCACAGUCGUUUCGCUCCGGUUCGCCUCGCCUGGACCAGUUUUCCUCACACCAGGAUGUAAAUUUGGGAACUUUUUGAAGGACCGGUGACACAGGGGACGAGUUUUAUUGUCCAACUUUUGCUAUUUUUUGGGGGAAUAUAGUGAGAAAACACGACUGUAGCAGUGAGAGGGACAUCAGCGGCAAAUUCAGAGGAGAGGAGACUGAGGUGGUUCAUGUCAUCAGACUUCAACAGGCCUGAACGCUCAACAGGAGAGUGAGGUGGUUCAUGUCAUCAGAGAUCAACAGGCCUGCACACUGAACAGACAUGAUGGAGCGGUGGUGGGCGUGGCAGUUGGCCCUGGUCACCCUGGCAACCAUUUACGUCAGCCCCUCCCACGGCCAAAACGCCGAGUUCCUCUCUGACACACUGAUCAACAACGUGGUGGCCAACCCUCGUACGGGCCGGCUGUACGUCGGCGCCGUCAACGCCCUCUACCAGCUGAACCCCAACCUGGAGGUCGAGUCCCGCACCGAGACGGGGCCCAAGCGGGACAACAGGCAGUGCACGCCGCCCGUCACCGACGCCUGCGAGGAGGCCACGGACACCAACAACCACAACAAGCUGCUGCUGGUCCACGAGGCCAAGGACGUGCUGGUGGUGUGCGGCAGCGUCUUCAGGGGCAUCUGCUCUCUGAGGAACCUGAGCAACGUGGAGGAGCUGCUCUACUUCAGCGACACCAAGGGGGAGAAAUCGUACGUGGCGAGCGCCGAGGAAAGCGUCUCCGUAGUGGGGGUGAUGUCUUACUUCACCAAGGAUAGAGACAACUUCACCGUGUUCCUGGUUGGUAAGGGGUACGGCAGCCAUGACAGCACCAAGCUGAUCUCCACCCGCAUCCUCGAGGACUACAGUGACUGGGUGGUCUUCGACAGCAUCAUCGAGGCCUCGGCGGUCCAGGCCAACCCCUUUUUCCUGCGGUACCUCCACGACUUCCGCUUCGCCUUCAAAGACAACGGCUUCGUGUACUUCCUGUUCUCGCGCACGCUCGGCGUGCAGGACACCAAGAAUUUCACCUUCAUCUCCCGGAUGUGCGAGGACGACCAGGGUUAUUACUCGUACACCGAGCUGCAGCUCAACUGCAGCGCCACCAACACGUACAACAAAGCUCAGGCUGCCUAUGUAGCAGCACCAGGUGAAGCUUUGGCUCAGAAUAUGACCAAAUCAGGCCUGUAUGGACCCGUCUCAGCCUCUGACAAGGUGCUGUUUGUCACCUUCACUUCUGAUGAAGACCCGUCUACUUCGGCCAUGUGUAUGUACCCUCUGCGCUCUAUUAAUAAGAGGCUGGUGGAGAUAAUAGGAGCCUGUUACAGCAACAACGGCAUCAUUAACGAGAAGUCUGCUGUCUACUCGCCUUACUCCUCCAAGUCUGAAGAGCUGUGCAGCAGCAGCAGUAAUCAGAAUAACAUGGCCAUCAAAUACAAAUGCGGAGCCGAGUUCCUGCCCUCCCCGAUGGCCAGCAAGGCCGAGUUCGCCUUAACAUCGGAUCCCUCGUUGGUGCGGAAGGGUCACAUGACGGCUGUGGCCGUGGCUGUGGAGAUGGGGCACGCUGUGGCGUUCCUGGGCACCGCCACUGGAGAGGUGCUGAAGGUGCAUCUGUCGGCCCAUCCCGAGGUGUACGGGCGAGCGCCGGGCGACGUCACAGGAGACAAGGUCAACAAGAACCUGUUGUUCGAUUCCAGCCUCCGACACCUGUACAUCACCACAGAGAAAAAGAUCACCAAGGUUCCGGUCCAGGCCUGCCACCUGAAGACGGACUGCCAGUCCUGCGUCUCCAUGAAGGAUCCGUACUGUGGCUGGUGUGUGCUGGAGGGAAGGUGCACCAGGAAGCAGGAGUGCAGCAGGUCGAGGGAGGAGAACACCUGGCUGUGGUCGCCCAAUCAGCAGUGUGUUCAGAUCCGGGCCUUCGACCCGCCGAACCUCAGCUGCAGGAAGACUCAGCAGGUUGUCAUCAGCGUCCCCACCCUCCCCAGACUGAGGCCGUCCGACUCCCUCCAGUGUGUGUUCGACACCUACGUCACCGGAGCCGUGAUGAACUUCGGCGAUCCGGUGCAGGUCACCUGUUCGCUGCCAAACCCCGGGGAGAUCCCGCCCACCCCCGACCAGCAGGACUAUGUGUCUGUCCCAGUCAAGGUUAUGGUUAACAACAAAAUUGAGGUGACGUUUGGAGAGUAUCACUUCUACAACUGUGCCGCCACAGUCAGGAAGAACCAAAACACACCGUGUAUAGCGUGUGUGACCAGUGAGUGGGGAUGUCAGUGGAACGCUCAGGAUCACAGCUGCAGCGACAGCAAUGACGUCGUGGGUGGAGGUCACAUCGUCAAACCACAACAGCCUGACAGCUGUCCUCAGUUUGAGUCUCCGGAGCCGCUGUUGAUCCCCGUCGGCUUCGAGAUCCCAAUCGGCUUCCAGGGAAGGAACCUGGACAUCUACAUGGGCCACACGUUUGCCAUCGGGACGGAGCUGAUGAAGUACACAGAGGAGGAGGUCAUGCAGGAGCAGAGGUCAAAGUUCAAAUUCACAGGUUACGAGUUUGCAUAUGACAAGCAGCAGGAGGUGAACGUAUCCUUCCACAUCAAAGACAGAGACACUGAGAGGAAGAUUGACAGCACCCUGACAGUCGUGCUGUAUAACUGUUCCGUGGGAAGAGAAGACUGCAGUCUGUGUAAACACGCCGACGCCAAGUACCAGUGUGUUUGGUGCGCCGCCUCGCGCACCUGUGUUUACCGGGAACUCUGCCCGUCGCCGCAGCCCGCACAGUGCCCCAACCCGGAGAUCACUGAUAUCAUCCCUCGCUUCGGUCCUCUGAACGGUCGGAUCUCCGUGACCAUCAAAGGCUCCAACAUGGGAAUAAAGAAGGAAGACAUCAAGAAGAUCACGGUGGCCGGAGUGGACUGCGUUCACCAGCAGGACAGAUACUCCGUCUCCACCAGCGUGGUGUGCGAGAUCGGCCCGGCGAGGCGAGUUCCUCCGUUCGACCUCCCGGUUGAACCGACCAACAGCGGAGCGGUGCAGAUAGAGGUGGAGGGAGGGAGGAGCGGCACAUCGCAGGUCAUCUUCACCUACCGGGAUCCCAAACCAGACUCCGUCCACCCGGUGAGGGGUCCAGCCGUUGGAGGAACCGUGAUCACCAUCCGUGGAGAAGACCUGGACACGGCGACCAAAGACGACGUCGCCGUCACUGUGGGCGGAGUCCCCUGUGAAGUACUGUCGUUCGGGUCACAGAUCACCUGUAAGACCGGCAAGUACCGGGGGCAGAAGGUGCCCUCGGACUGGUUAACGCUGACGGUGAAAUACGGAAGAAACACCACCAAAGACGUCACAGGAGCGUACCAGUACUCUGAGAACCCCAAGAUCACAGACUACUACCCCAAAGCCAGCUUCAUGUGCGGCGGUCGAAAGAUUGUUGUGGUGGGAAAUGGUUUUGACCUGAUCCAGAGAGCCACGAUGAAAGUCCUGCCCUCUGCUGACGAGUUCUCACAGGCCACUGCUCCGGUAGAGUUUGUCCAGGACACUCUGAGUAAGAACGACACCGUCCUGCAGUUCUACUCUCCGUCGGUGAACGCCUCCCUCGACACCCAGUCCCUCAGGACGUACCUGUUCCUGGACAACGGGAUGGAGGAGCUGAAGAACUUCGACUACCACCCCAACCCCAGCUUCAACGAGCUCGCCAAGAACGUCAUCACCGAGACCAGCAUCAUCAUCGUGACGGGUCGAGGUUUCUCCAAGGCGAUGACGGCCAAAGAGGCUCAGGCGUUCGUUGGCGAUGCCUCCUGUCACGUUAACAUCCUGCAGGACGAUAAGCUGAUCCUGGAGGCUCCUUCGUCGCAGCCCAGAGCCAGGUCCAAACGCCAGCGCAGAGACACAGCCAACGACCUGCUGGAUCUAGUGGUGAAGUUCGGUCACGGCGAGUGGAUCGUGGGUUCAGUCUACUACGCCAGAAAAGACGACAUUCCUCUGGCCAUAAUCAUCCCUGCCGUUAUCGUACCGAUGCUGCUCUUCAUCGCCGUGUCCGUCUACUGCUACAGGAGGAAGAGUCAACAGGCAGAACGAGAAUACGAGAAGGUCAAACACCAACUGGAGAACCUGGAGGAAAGCGUCCGAGAUCGCUGCAAGAAAGAGUUCACAGAUCUGAUGAUUGAGAUGGAGGACCACACCAGCGACCUGAGCGAGGCCCGGAUCCCCUUCCUCGACUACAAAACCUACACGGACCGAAACUUCUUCCUGCCCUCCAAGGAGGGAGGCGCCAACGACACCAUGAUCACUCAAAAAAUACAAAUCCCAGAAGCCCGCAGGGCCAUCGUGGCUCAGGCGCUCAACCAGUUCUCCAACCUGCUGAACAGUAAAACCUUUCUCAUCAACUUCAUCCACACGUUGGAGAGUCGUCCGGACUUCAACGCCCGCGCUCGUGGUUACUUUGCGUCGCUGCUGACGGUGGCGCUGCACGGCAAGCUGGAGUAUUACACGGACAUCAUGAGGACGCUGCUGCUGGAGCUGAUGGACGAACACGUGCAGAGCAAGAACCCCAAGCUCAUGCUGAGGAGGUCAGAGACAGUGGUGGAGAGGAUGCUCUGUAAUUGGAUGUCCAUCUGUCUCUAUCAGUUCCUCAGGGACACAGCAGGAGAGCCGCUAUACAAACUGUUCAAGGCCCUCAAGCACCAGGUGGAGAAGGGCCCGGUGGACGCCAAGAUGAAGAAAGCCAAAUACACCCUGAACGAUACAGGACUGCUGGGGGACGACGUCGAGUACUCCGUGCUGACCCUGCAGGUGUUGGUGCACGGGGAGGGACCAGAUGUGACUCCAGUCAAGGUGCUGAACUGUGACACCAUCUCCCAGGUGAAGGAGAAGAUCAUCGAUCAGGUCUACAGGAAUCUGCCGUACUCACAGAGACCGAAGGUGGAGAGUGUCGCUCUGGAGUGGCGUCCUGGCUCCACCGGUCAGAUCCUGUCCGACCUCGACCUGACCUCCCAGAAAGAGGGGCGCUGGAAGAGACUCAACACUCUGGCUCAUUACAACGUUCGGGAUAACGCCACGUUGGUUCUGUCCAGAGUUCUGCACACACAGUCCUUCCACCAGCACCAAGACAGCCACGAAGAGAAAAACGCUCUGCUGGAGGACGACAACACCUUCCACCUGGUGAGACCGGCGGAUGAGAUCGAUGAGGUGAAGUCAAAGAGAGGCAGCAUGAAGGACAAGGCCAUGACCAAAGCCAUCACUGAGAUCUACCUGACCAGGCUGCUCUCCGUCAAGGGAACUCUGCAGCAGUUUGUGGACGACUUCUUCCGCAGUGUGUUGUGCUCGAGCUCCGUCGUCCCUCCUGCCGUCAAAUACUUCUUCGACUUCCUGGACGAGCAGGCGCUGAGGCACGACAACGUGGAAGAGGAGACGCUGCACAUCUGGAAGACCAACAGCUUGCCUCUGCGGUUCUGGGUGAACAUCCUGAGGAACCCCCACUUCAUCUUCGACGUCCACGUGACGGAGGUGGUGGACGCGUCGCUGCACGUCAUCUCUCAGACCUUCAUGGACGCCUGCACCAAGACGGAGCACAAGCUCAGCAGAGAGUCUCCCAGCAACAAGCUGCUCUAUGCAAAAGAGAUUUCAACAUACAAGAAGAUGGUGGACGAUUACUAUAAGGGCAUCAGACAGAUGGUUCCAGUCAGUGACCAGGACAUGAAUACACACCUUGCUGAGGUGUCCAGGCAACACACAGACAAGCUGAACACCCAGGUGGCCUUACAUCAACUGUACCAGUAUGCCAGCAAGUACUACGAUGUGAUCAUCCAGUCACUGGACGAGGAUCCAGCAGCUCAGAAUAAACAGCUCACCCUCCGCCUCCAACAGAUCGCUGCCGCCCUGGAGAACAAGGUCACUGACCUUUGACCUCUGACCUCAUGGAGGGGUCAAGGAGAGGAGCUAACGGCUACUAAAACACAGGAUGUUGUUUUCCAUUUAAAGACUCAAAAGAGGACGAGCUUGCGGACUCUACCGAAUGUUUGACCAUAUAAGGACUGAAGUGGGAGGGGCUAGUGGAGCCACAGGAAGCUGUUGACCAUAUAAGUACUGAAUGGGAGGAGGUAUGGGACUCCAGGGGGGGAGAGGAUUGGAGAUUUUGGACAAAUGAAGUGUUAAAAUGUGGUCAGAGUGGUGGAAAGUAAAGAGCUAUCUGCUGCAGUUGUAUGGCGGACUUCCACUUGGCAUCCCAAAACAAACACCAAGGAGGGAUGCAAAAUGGCAACCGUAAUAUGGCUGCAGAUGGGAGCUCUGUGAAAUCAAAGGGUUAUUUUUAUAAUGGUAGCUAGGGGUGCUCGGUUGGUGUAAUCCUCGGACCUAGCUGGACGAUGUUUCUGUGUUUGGCUUCUCUACACCACAAAUUUUGAUUUUACCAUAUAGGGACUAAAGAAAGAAAGUGCCACACAAGGAAUGAAGAUUGAAGAUUUUUGGAUAACUGAAGAAUAUGAGUGAAGUAAAAAAAAAAAACAUCACCAAGUAUUUUCUUUUUGCCACUUAACCCUUUUGGAAGUUGGGAUUGGAAGCGCACAGUACUGGAGGCGUUGUGACCACUUUUACCGUCUUACUUACUUACUGCUGAUCUGAGGUCAGUUUGUCUUGUCUCCACUCUAAAUGGUAACUAGGAAAUCUGAUCACUUGUCAGCAGCAGAGAACAGUUUUCAUCCUAAAGCGUGAAAAUGCUUGGAUGAACUUUUACCUGGAAGCGAGCUUAAGUAAAAAUAAUCAACCAAUGAAAACCCACUACGGUACAUACCACUGGCCAAUCAAUGGUCUUGACGGCACAACUGAGGAGAGUGUAUUCAGGGUACGAUGAGUUAAUUUAAACCCAAAAAUCAAACCACAACAUAGGCUUUUCUUGUAUCAUGGCCAAAUCAUAUCAGAUUAGCUGCAGUAUGUGCUUCUACGCUGAUGACACUGUGCUGUUGAUUCGAAUCGCAGCUGAAUAAUUUUAUGUUGUUUAGUUUGUUUAGUAUUAUUCUUUGUGUGCAGGCUUUAAGCAGAGGCUUUGCAUUUCCAUAUACAACAUGAAAUUUAUCUUUUUAACGGACUGUUACAGUUCCACUUAGUUCUUGCUUUCAUUAAGUGUUAAUCUGAGUGGUCCACGAUGUCAUAUGCUGUGCGUAAGUAUGUGGUGAGGACCAGCUUGUUUUUACUUUCUGUGAAAAAUCAUGACUGCCCAAUCAUGUGGUCUAAACAGCCAAACACUUUAAGUGAGACUUAUUUUUGUUUUUAUACUAUGUAUGAUUUGAAUUCUUUUGUAAUACUCCCUUCAUAGAUAUUGCUGCAUUUUUUUUUCUGUUUGCACACAUUAGAAGAAAUUACUUAAGUGUCUUCUGAAGACAGGGUAUACGUGGAUCCUUCAAAAAUGCUUACAAUUAAUCGGAAAUUAAGGUGGUAAAGUGUUAAAAUGUAUUCAAUCCAGUUAUUAUAGGUCAUAUUCCUCCAUCAUGCAUUGCCAAAAAAAAUAUGCAUUCAGUCAGUUUUACCAGACAGACUGAUUUCACGAGAGUAAAGCAGGCACAAUACAUACAUUUAAAACACACAGCCAAAAAUAUGAAUGUCUCCAAAAAAUGAAUGGCCCUUAUCCAUGGAAGAUUUAAAAUGCGUAAAACCAUAUCAAACAAAAAAAUAAAGUAAAAUACAAUAUUUUAAUUUGGCAUAGAAAUUCAUGUUGCAAUGAAAAACAAUUCAUUCAGCUAUUUAAGACAAAUAAUUUUUCGUUUAACAAUUUCUUAAAAUUAUGACCGUAAUUACAUACAUAAAAAGGAAAUACAUAAUAUUAUGUUUAUUGUAUUUCACUUUAUUUCUUUAUUUUAUUUGUUUUUAUUUUUGUAUUUUAAGUCUUCCAUAUUAUUGUACAAAAAUGCCUGUGUGCACAUAAUUGUUUCCUAUCACCUGCAACAACUCCAUGGAUAUGCAUGUGCCUCCUGAUUAUUGCCUUCUCCUUAUUCUGUCCAUUAAAUGUUUCAUUAAUGUUCAUGAGGUUUGUUUAAUCGGAAAUAGGCUGGUUUUGUUUUUAGCUCUCGGGAAUGAAAUAUGUUAAUGUCAACUGUUACAGAGAGAUAUGGGAGAAAAAACUUAAUUUUAAAUACAUAAACAAUAUGAUCAUGUAUAUUAUCAACCACUCUGUAAAUGAGUGAACUGUGGACCAAGUUAUUAGAAGAUCUGCAACAGUCUUUGGGUUUAAGUACCAUUACACAGCUGAAGUGUAAAUGAACUCAUUUAUCUUCUCUGAAGCCACAUAUUAGUCAUCGUCACCAUAGAAUCAUUAUCUGCAUCAUUCUUUGCCUUCUGAGCCCAGAUGACGUGCUUUAUGUAGUGCUUGAGUUAAUAUCAAAGAAUAAAUAUGCAGUUUGUAAGUUGAAUGAUAAACCCCAUGUCUUUUGGGGAAGAAGGAUUUCUCUCACUGCAGAAGUGCUUUGUGUUUUGUUUUGGGGUUUUUCAGUGGAAGCUGGUAUUAUUGAUUCCUCCGAGCUUUCAGAUCUUAAAAACUGCAUGUUUAAAUUCUGAAGCAAUACGACCUUAAGGCUGGUGCUGUAUCUUUGUACUCAUGUCUCGAAUUCCUUAAACUGUGGAUGGACACACCGCAAGCUUUUGACCAGAUUUGGCACCACAUGACCUCCAGAUACAAAGACUGAAAUAAACACAUCUUAGCCUGUUUUCUUUUUUACUUCUCAUAAGCUUUCUUCUGAGCAUUUUUUUCUCAGAAAUUUGCUUAUGAAAGCCACUUCCGUGCCAAAUAACUUCAAGUAACUAUUGUGUGUGUUGUAGUGUGUGUAAUUUCCAAAGCUUGGACUGUCAAUUGAGUUGUGUGUUUGAUGAGUGUAGCCAGAAAUGAGGGGAACAAACAAUUGUGUAUUAAAUAAUCUGGUGGUACUUUUAUAAAAACUGUGGAAAUGUGAAA